GGGAACGCGCGCUCGCCUGCUUUACGGCAAGGGCGCGCGCGCUUGCGACGCUGUGGCGCUGGCGGGUUUUGGCGGGAAAAGCGCUGCACUUGGAUUCCUGUGGUGACGGGCAAAGGACGGACUGCGUGGGCACAUGGUGGAGUCAUGGCAGUGCCCUUUGUGGAAGACUGGGACUUGGUGCAAACCCUGGGAGAAGGAGCCUAUGGAGAAGUUCAACUUGCUGUGAAUAGAAGAACUGAAGAAGCUGUUGCGGUGAAGAUUGUAGACAUGAAGCGUGCCAUAGAUUGUCCAGAAAAUAUUAAGAAAGAGAUCUGUAUCAACAAAAUGUUAAAUCAUGAAAAUGUAGUGAAAUUCUAUGGUCACAGGAGGGAAGGCAAUAUCCAGUAUCUAUUUCUGGAGUACUGUAGUGGGGGAGAACUUUUUGAUAGAAUAGAGCCAGAUGUAGGCAUGCCUGAACAAGAUGCCCAGAGAUUCUUCCAUCAACUCAUGGCAGGGGUGGUUUAUCUGCAUGGUAUUGGAAUAACUCAUAGGGACAUUAAGCCCGAAAAUCUGCUACUAGAUGAAAGGGAUAACCUCAAAAUCUCUGACUUUGGCUUGGCAACAGUGUUUCGGCAUAAUAGUCGUGAGCGUUUAUUGAACAAGAUGUGUGGUACUUUACCUUAUGUUGCUCCGGAACUUCUAAAGAGAAAAGAAUUUCAUGCAGAACCGGUUGAUGUUUGGUCCUGUGGAAUAGUACUUACUGCAAUGCUGGCUGGAGAGUUGCCGUGGGACCAGCCCAGUGACAGUUGUCAGGAAUAUUCUGAUUGGAAAGAAAAAAAAACAUACGUCAACCCUUGGAAGAAAAUAGAUUCUGCUCCUCUAGCUCUGCUGCAUAAAAUCCUAGUUGAGAAUCCAUCAGUAAGGAUUACCAUCCCAGACAUCAAUAAAGAUAGAUGGUACAACAAACCACUCAAGAAAGGGACAAAGAGGCCCCGAGUCACUUCAGGUGGUGUUUCAGAGUCUCCUGGUGGAUUCUCUAAACACAUUCAGUCAAAUUUGGACUUCUCUCCAGUAAACAGUACUUCUAGUGAAGAAAAUGUGAAGUACUCCAGUUCCCAGCCAGAACCACGGACAGGUCUUUCCUUAUGGGACACCAGCCCUUCGUACAUUGAUAAACUGGUACAAGGAAUCAGUUUCUCCCAGCCCACAUGUCCUGAUCAUAUGCUUCUGAAUAGUCAGUUACUUGGCACUCCAGGAUCCUCACAGAACCCCUGGCAGCGCUUGGUCAAAAGAAUGACACGAUUUUUUACCAAAUUGGAUGCAGACAAAUCUUACCAGUGCCUGAAAGAGACUUGUGAGAAAUUGGGCUAUCAAUGGAAGAAGAGUUGUAUGAAUCAGGUUACUGUAUCAACAACUGAUAGAAGAAACAAUAAACUGAUUUUCAAAGUGAAUUUGGUAGAAAUGGAUGAGAAGAUCUUGGUUGACUUCCGGCUUUCUAAGGGUGAUGGAUUGGAAUUUAAAAGACACUUCCUGAAGAUUAAAGGGAAGCUGAGUGAUGUUGUGAGCAGCCAGAAGGUUUGGCUUCCUGCCACAUGAUAGAUCCAUUGACUCUGGGAUUCCUGGUGAAUAUAGUGCUGCUAUGUUGACAUUAUUCUUCCUAGAGAAGAUUGUCCUGUUCUGCAAACUGCAAACAAUAGUUCCUGAAGAGUUGUCUUCCCCCUAGCCAAACAUUUUCCAAUUCUUUUUUUAUGUUCUUCAGACAGAUAAUAUCUUUAUCUUAAUUAUAAGUAAAACUUUGGGGAAGGGAUGGAUAGAAUUCAUUAGCUAUUUCUUCGUCUGUGUUUGGUGUCUGAAUUUGAGACCCACCUGGUGGAAACCAAGCCUUCAGGAUAUGCACGUUUACCAGCUUUUUACCAACCUAGUGAAAGGUGGUACUCUUGUCCUGUGUUUAACAACACAUUUGGUUUCAUCCAAAAAGUACGUAUUUCCUCCACAUUGAGUUCAUUAUAUGGAUGAAUUAGUAAAAACAAUCUUUGUGGCUUUUGGACAGUAGAUUAUCUGUCUGUGCGGUGUAGCCAACUUCAAAAAAUAUAUCCCCAAGAUCUGUACUUACAGUUUCAAAAGGGCCUGAUCAAUAUAUAAGCCUGCUUUUGAAUUGUAACUAUUAAUUAAAAUUUCUAGUAGGUAUGUUUUUUCCAGUGUAAUUAAUAAUAUAUAAAAUACUGCUUGGUCUUUCGAGUAAAAGUUUAGCAUAAACUCCAGUGCUUAACUACCUUUACUCUAAAAUUUCUGUGGCACAUUUUAAAUAUGUCUCUAUAUUUUAAUUCUAUGGUCACAGCCAUAUUUUAAUUCUUUAUUACAAAAAUAAAUUCAAUUUUGAAAAUGAAUAGCUAACUCUGUGAACUUAUUAGUGACUCAACUUGUAGGUGGUAGGGAAUAAAAUGGGAAUAAAGGUAGGUUGGAGCCUCCAUUCCUUUUUCUUGGUAAUUUAUAAAAUUAAUCAACUAUCUUCAUCUGAAGCUAAGACCAUACAAAAUUUUAUGGUUAGAGUUUAUCACUUACUAGUGUAUUCUUUGGUAAAUUGCAUUACUGUGCUAUACCUAUAGGAGAAAUACAUUUGAACCUAUAGGUGGCUUCUAAGAAUUGAGCCAGUAAAUUUCCAUAUAGGAAAGAAAUUUUCUUCUUGAGAAUUAGGCAGAUCAGUAACUUUCAAAACCAAAGUUAUUUUAGGCUUUCACCUCUCCCCUGAGCUCCAGACUUUUAUAGCCAUGGCCUACCUGACAUUUCCACUGGACCAAAAUCAACUUCUGAUCCAUCUUCUCUAACUUGUUCCUUGGUGUCCCCCAUCACAGUAAAUGUUACAUUCAGCUCCCUGACUCCAUAAGCCAAACCCAAGAAAUCAUCCUGGACAUAAUUUUCAUACUUUACUUUCAGUUUAGCAAACCUACUCAAAAUAUAUCCCAUUCCACAGCUAUAUUAGUAGCACUGUAGUUGAAGGCACUGUCAUGUCUCCUUUCAUAGUAUUUAUCCUUCAGCAGUUCAGAAAAGCAGUCAGAAUGAUCCUUCUGGAAUGUGAAUCAGAUAUCCCUCUGCUGCUCUCAACUGUCAUGGCUUUUCAUCACACUUCAAAAAAAUUCAAAAUUUUCUCUAUGCCCUGCAUGGCUUUAUGGGAUCUGUCCUCUAGCCACCUCUUGGGCCUCAUCUGCCUGUCUCCUACUUACUCAUACUACUGUAGCCACAUUGGCUUUGCUCUUCUGCUCACAACAUAAUCAACUUAUUACCUCAGGGUCUUUUCAUUAGGUGUUCCCUCUACCUGGAGAACUUUACUCCCAACUAUUUGUGUGGCUUGUGCUUUAUUUAAGUCAUUGCUUAAAUGUCACCUAAUGUAUGCAAAGCCUUUCCCUGACUUGCCAAAAAUGUUACCCCACCUCUGUUACUCUUUUCCUUCAUUUUUCAUCGUAAUAUUUAUUAUAUGACACUAUAGGAUAUUUCUAUUUGGUUAUCUAUUAAAUGUCUGUUUCCACCAUGGGAUAUGUAAUAUAUAGGCUCUGUGAGGUCAGGGACCCU